ACCACCACCAACUUGCCAUUAUCAAAACCCAUUUACAAAAGGUGGCCUUCCGUUCCUCCUCUCCACCCCUCACAAGAAUCUAAAAUUCCUGAGAAAUCAAAGCCUCUUACCAUUGCCAGGAACAAAAGAAAAGAAAAAAAAAUGUGGCGUAUGCUGGUGGUUUUGCGACGAAACCUCCAAAACAUCAAGAAAAGCCCCCGAGUAGCCGAUGAGAACAUGGUUGGAGGAGUGAAUACUAAUAAUAAUAACGGAGCUGAGAUGCCAAUUUUCAUCGACAGAAGUCCCCGCGGAUCCUGGAAUGGUCUUUCUGUCAUUUGCAGCGUUGUUAGAGCUCCUCUCUCUUUAGUUUCUUGCUUCUCUCAACCCCAUGUUAAUGGGGCUGAUGGAGUUUGGGUGUCGAGUGAAUUUGCUCAGAUAUCAGAGAUGAAUCAUUUGAUGGUAAGUGACAGCAUGCGUUAUGCAAUCUUGAUGUAAAAAUGAGAUGUAAAUAAAUGGUUAGAAUUGCUUCUUUUUCCUUUUCUUUUUCUUUACGGGAAAAUCAAGGAAGGGGAAUUUUGCAGUGUGUUGUGCUAGUUACUUUGCAUGGAUUGACAGAAGAAUUAUUGUUGGUUUUUCUUUUCUUUUUCUUUUUUUUUUUGGGGGCCUUUUGGAUUGUGAUCCAUGUAAUUUUUCCCCUUCCAUAUAUAAUAGU